ACCUGGAAACAAGCAGUGAGAGCACAGCGCUGCAAAAGGCUUUCCAUGGUGGUUUGUAAACUACGUCUUCGCGAAUUCGCGUUUAUCAAGAUUAAGAGUUCAUCAUGAAAUUUUAUCAGUCCCUGCAUAUGACCCUGCUCCUUCUUAUCUCGGACUUAGCAACAUCUGACGAUAGAGGGAGCACUGGGUGCGAACCAUGCCAUUGUUACACAUCUGAAGGCGUUAUCGAGGCUGACUGUUCAGAGAGAAACCUACAUGAGAUCCCCACGCAACUGCCACCUAAUAUCACCGACCUCAAUCUUUCAGGAAAUAAGAUUGUUCGUUUAAAAACUGGAUAUCUUAAUUACACAGAGCUGCUUACGUUGAAUGUUUCGUCAAACAGAAUAAGAAGUAUUGAGCUUGAUACCUUCAAGAAUCUGACCAACCUGGUGGCUUUGGACCUUCAUGGUAAUAAAUUACCUCCAACAAAGAAGAGUUAUCAAGAUGGAGUAUUCAGGUAUCAGAAAAAGCUGAAAAAACUUUACAUUCACAAUAACGUUGAAUCACGCUCUUACGCCGGUAGUCUCAGUAGAGGCUUUUCAAGUUCAUACCCCGAUGGAGCAUUCAAAGACCUCUUGGCUUUGGAAGAGCUGAUCAUUGAUGGGAUGAGAGAGAUAUAUUUUGGAAGUGGAUUCCAAUUCCUGGAGCAACUGAAAAAUCUGUCUCUUGGUGGAGGAGAUGGUGGAACAUGUCAAACCCGUAACCUGCGGAAUAAAACUUUUGAGAAUCUACAUAACCUAAAGACUCUGGAUAUUUCACACUGUCUGUUGCUUAACAUUGAACUGUCGUCUUUUGAAAAGCUUAAAAAUCUCCAUAGUCUUGAUCUAUCAUUCAACAUGUAUUUAGGAUUAUCCAAGGCUGGAGAAGCUAUGUACGGACUACAGAAUUCCUCACUAAAGAUACUAGAUGUCAGUAAAUUAAGUCGUACGCUGGGGCCAAGUAUAACUUUGCAAACACACCAUAUGAAAUAUCUUAGAAACAUAGAAAUAGAAGAAUUAAAUAUUACAGGAAACAGAAUUGAACUGAUUGAUCGAAAUGCAAUUUUAUACCUUCCAAGAUCUCUUAAGAAAAUUUGUAUCCGAGAUAAUCACAUGGGUUUUGGGUUAUACAUGCUUGAAUUGUCUAUUUUGACGAAUUUAGAGUGGUUCGAUUCCUCUCAUCAAGGAACAUCAUCUAUGUCCUUUGACAACGAAAAAUUGAAUUCUAGAUAUCGGCGUCACUCAGGUCAGAACACACAACCUUUGAAAUGGAGUGUUACCUUAACCAUACCCCCAAAUAUCACGUAUGCGGAUUUACGUUAUUGCAAAAUGACAUAUGAUAUCAAAAGAUUUCAUUUCAGUAGGAACAGACUUCGUGAGUUAAAUUUAUCACAUAAUUUCUUCAGCAAAUGGAUCGGGCCCAUUUGGGGAUUAAAACAUCUCGAGAUUGUUGAUUUAUCGCACAAUUUCUGUGAUUUCAUAGGAAAGGAAUUUGGGAAACAUUUUCCAUCCAUGAAAACAUUGAACCUUGGUUACAAUUAUCUGGGCUAUGCACUUCAGGAUGGGGCCAGUACUAUUUUAGAUGAUUUCCCUUUGCUUGAGAAUUUGGAUAUGUCAAAUAACAAAGUACGUGUUUUUCCAAAGACUAUCCUAAACAACCUAACGCUUAUCAAAAGCGUAAAUUUAAGUAAUAAUUAUUUGAUGGCAUGGAAUUCAGAUAUUGUCAACUUUAACAUGAAAACGCUGGACCUAUCAAGAAACCUGUUUGCAGAGAUUCCAUCUCUAUUGAGAUAUCAAGUCGCUGCAAUGCAUAUGAAAGACUUCAGAUUGUACUUUGAAGAAAAUCCUUUGAGGUGCAGCUGCGCAACGCUAACUUCGUUGAUAUGGAUGACAGAACAUGCUUCUAGAAUACACAAUUAUGCAGGAAUGCAUUGUGUUGAUGACGGCAACAGGAAGAUUUUAAUGAAAAAUAUACACCAAGUCAUACUUGGUCUGAGAAAAAGAUGUGCAUCAUAUGUAGGAUUGACUCUAGGGAUCAUGUGCCUGAUGAUGCUGGUUCUGUGUUUGGGGAUAGCAGGAAUCGUGUACAGGUUCAGAUGGAAACUGAGGUAUCUUUUCUAUCUGGCACGGAUGAAACACAGCGGUUACGUUGCUGCUGCUGAGGAAGAGGAUGGGACACCAUUUGAGUUCGAUGCCUUCAUCUCCUACGCUGACGAAGACCGUAGGUUUGUAACUGAGGACGUGAGACAGAUCCUAGAGGGGAGGCACGGGCUUCGCCUCUGUAUCCACCAUCGAGACUUUCUCGUGGGGGGAAGCAUCGCUGCCAACAUCCUGAACGCUGUGAAAUCCAGCAGGAAGACGGUGAUCGUCCUGUCAAGACACUUCUUGAAGAGCUACUGGUGUAAGUACGAAGUGGAGAUGGCUAAGAUGGAGAGUAUCUAUUCUGGACGGAACACUCUGCUGGUUGUUGUAUUGGAGAGCAUCCCUGUGAAGGACCUGCCUCCUGAUAUUGUGCAGCUGAUGCGUGAAGACUCCUACGUGGAGUAUACGAAUGUUCGGGAAGGUCGUGAGGUGUUCUGGCAAAAUAUUGAACGGGCCAUACGUGCUGUGUCCUAACUUAGCAUAUUCUAAUGUCUGUUUACUUACAUUUCACUUCCUUGAACCAGGAUGAAUAGAUUCUUUAAUAUA